CGGAGAGCCCGGCCCUGAGCCCGCAGCGCCGCCGCGAGCGGAGCGGAGCGGCCCCGGCUCCCUUGGAAAAGCCCUGAGGGAGGCGGGAGCGGGCGGCGAAGAGGAGGAGGAGGAAGAGGAGGAGGAGGAAGCGAGGGAAGGAGCCGGGGAGAAACAGGACAGGGAAGAGCUGGGAGCGAAGCCCGGGAGAGGCCGGAGAGCGCCGGAGGAGGGACCCCCACCCCCCGCGCCACCCAGGACAGCCGGACACCCCCGCUGACCACCCGCGGCCAACGCCGGACCCGCCACCCCUCCUUGGAGACACCGAGCCGCGCCAAGUCCCCUUCCUGGCAAAUCCCAGCCUCUCCUCCUCCUCCUCCUCCUCCACCUCCUCCUCCUGCUGCUGCUGCUGGCGGUGUCACCCCAGGGCCAGCACCCGAGUCCCCCCGCAUGGUGCGCCCCGAUCCCCCCGGGCAGCCGCGGCGGCGUUAAGAUGGUGAGAGCUGCCCGGGCCGGGCCGGGCGGGGAGCAGCGGGAUGGACACCGGCCCGGCGAUCCCGGCCGCGUAGGGAACGAUGGACUCGCAGAGCCGCCGGGAUGCCCAGCGCACGGAGCGGCCCGGCAGCGGCACCGGCAGCACCGGCACCGGCACCGGCAGCGGCCGUAGCGAGGGCGAGAGGGAGCGCAUCCGCGGCCGCAUGAGGAUGGUGAUCGGGCAGCUCGAGGGAAUCCUGCGAGAGCUCAAGGAGGUGGCCAAGGAGCUCCGCGAGGUCGUGUCCCAGAUUGACCGCCUGACGUCGGACUUUGCUCUGGACCUGGAGCCGGACGCUUGGACUCCAGCCACGGCCAGCAGCACGUCCAGCAGUGACCGGGGCGGCGCCAGCCUCGAGCUGGGCCCGCUGGACUUCGCCGCUUCCGACAUCCUCUCGGACAGUUGGGAAUUCUGUUCCUUCCUGGACGCCUCCACGCCCUCGGACCCCGGCGAUUGUCCGGAGCCUCUGCGGCCGGUGCCAGCCCGGCUGAUGAACGGUGGGGUGCCCAUGGCCAACGGCCCCCGUGGGGGCGGGGGAACCCCGGAUUCCUCCAGUGAGGAAUGUUUCGGGAGCACUGCCAUUCCCAAAAUCCCGGCGCAGCGGCCGGCAGGGACGCGGGAGCGCGUCCGCUUCAGCGACAAGGUGCUCUACCACGCCCUGUGCUGCGAUGACGAUGGCGACGCCGACGUUCCCGACGUUCCCGACGAUCCCGGCAGGAAGGGGACUCGGGAGCAACUCCCAAGGAAUCCGGGAGCCAUCCCGAUCCGCAGGGCCACGAGGAACAGCAGCACCCAGACCGUGGCUGAUAAGAGCACGCAGACGUUGCUGCCGUACAUCCCGGCCAGGCAGAGAAUUCCCAACAAAAACUGAGCCCGGAUCUGGGUUUGGGAAGGGUUUGGGGGAGGGGGGAAAAUCCCUGGGAAAGGGGUUGGAAAAGAUCUAUAUAUGAAUAUAAAUAUAUAUUUCAAUAAAUCCGUACUCCUCAUAAACGCC